UUAAUGUGUGAUUAUUUACAAAAUUCCGUAGGUCACACAACUCUUAAAAAAAAACAAUAAUGCAAGUGACAUGUCACUUUUAACAUGGAACGUCAAAUUAAUAAUUAAAACAACUUGAAAUUAUAAUAAAAUAAUCUAUAACAAUUUAUGUCUGUUGAAUUGUAUUAGUAAUUAAUUCUAAUGUAAGUUCCUCAUACCAAAGUAAGUAGAUAAAUAUAUAAAAAUAAAAAUGUUUUACUUAGUAAUAAAUUCUUAUUAUUUAAAAGUCUUACAAUAUAUUUAUUUAUGUAUAUUUAACAGUUAGUUAUAUUUGCGUGAUUUAUAAUGCUGACAUAAUUCCUAACCUUAAUAUGUUAUAAAUCUUGUCAUGUUAAUAUGACAUAUCAAAAAUAUAUAAAUUUAUUUUAAAUUAUGGUGGACAUAACUUGAUGAAAUUUCAGUAUAAUUAUAUUAUAAGUAAGGAAAAUGACUAUGACUUGUAGUCAUGUGGCUGUUGCAGAAAACAUUCCAAUUUCUACAUUAUUAAAUAUUAAGGAGUUGAUUUGUUCAGAUUGUGAUUGUCGUGGCCCAAAUUUGUGGAUUUGUUUACAUAAAAAUUGUCUAAGGAUAGGGUGUGCUGAAAAAUCCAAUGAUCAUAGUACUUUACACAAUGUGAAUAACCCCUCACAUUGUGUUCAUAUGAACUUAUCGACGAAUAGAAUAUGGUGUUAUGAAUGUAAAAGAGAGGUUUUCAUGUAUACCCAAAGUUAUGACAGUGAUCAAGAAGUUGAAACAUACACAGCAAGAUCCAAAGAUUCAGGACACGGUAGUUACAGUACUUUACGUACCAACACACCAGAAAGAGUUUCGGGUCCUGUGCUGGAUAGGGCGGCAAGCUUAACAGUAGGCAUGAGUGGUGACGGUUCAGAUUCUAGUGAAGGAGACGUUGAAGAGGAUUACCCAGACUAUGCACAAGAACGUCCUUGCGGUCUGGUAGGACUUCAAAACAUAGGCAACACUUGUUAUAUGAAUGCCGCCUUGCAAGCUUUAAGCAACACCAAACCUCUAACGAAAUUUUUCCUGGAAUGCAGUUACAUGGUACAUUUAUUGAGCGAUGGAAAGAAACCUGGAUUGAGUCGCACCUAUCAAGCUUUGAUGAGAGAUAUUUGGAUAAAAAAUAUUACUCAAGGUUACGUUUCACCAUCUGGGAUAUUGUAUGGUAUAAGAAACGUACACGCGAUGUUUAGAGGGUAUCAACAACACGAUACGCAGGAAUUUUUGAGGAAUUUCAUGGAUCAAUUGCACGAAGAGCUUAAACAAGUCGCUCCGUUCGAACCACCGAUGUUAUCAUCGCCGAAUUGGAAUUCCGGUAACCCCGAUGCAGAUACUUUCAGUUUAGCUAUGGAAGAACCGAUUUCUGCACCAUUUGUCAGUUCGGGUUACGAUUCCAGCGAAGGGGAAUAUGAAACGUGCGAUUCUGGAGUGAGCGAACGUUCUAGUUUGAGCGACGACACCGAAAGACCGCCGAAUAAUGCGAAACGAAGAUUGAGUAGAUGCGGAAGUCCGAACAGGAGACAAAGGCAGAGGUUGCAUAGUAAUUCUGUCAUCGAUAGUCAACCGACAACUUCAAAAGUAUCAAAUAAUAAGAAACAACCAAAGUAUCGUUCAAUAAUAUCUGAUAUAUUCGAUGGGAAGUUGUUGUCAUCUGUGCAAUGUUUGACUUGCGACAGGAUAUCUAGUAGGAUAGAAACGUUCCAGGAUCUUUCGCUUCCCAUUCCUUCUAAGGAUCAUCUGGUAGUUUUACAUGGGCGGACUUCAGUGCAAUCUACAGGUGUAGGUGCUACAUGUUCAGAAGCUUUAAUGCCCGUACAAGACGGUUGGGUGUCUUGGAUAUGGUCGUGGUUCAGGAGUUGGUUCUAUGGACCAACGGUAACCUUACACGACUGUUUAGCCGCAUUUUUUAGCACAGAUGAAUUAAAAGGGGAUAAUAUGUACAGUUGCGAAAAGUGUAAUAAAUUACGAAACGGAAUUAAAUUCAGUAAAGUUUUACAAUUGCCUGAAGUGCUUUGUAUACAUUUGAAACGAUUUAGGCACGAAUUGAUGUUCAGCAGCAAAAUUUCAUCCGUAGUCAGCUUCCCAUUGAAAGGUUUGGAAAUGAGGCCCUACUUACACACCGAUUGUGUAUCUAAGGUAUCAUCUUACGAAUUAUUUUCCGUUAUAUGUCACCAUGGUACAGCCGGCGGUGGCCAUUAUACUUGUUUCGCUUUAAAUUCCGGUCAAUGGUACGAGUUCGAUGAUCAAUACGUUACCAAAGUUUCACCGGAUAAAGUACAAAGCUGCGAAGCUUACGUACUUUUUUAUCAAAAAGUCAGUACCACCGCUGAUGUAGUUAGAGACGCAGCCGAAAGGAUAUUAGAGUCUACACCGGAAACUAGAAUUGGAGAGAGCGUUAAAAGGACUUAUAUAUCAAGACAAUGGACGAAUCGGUUUUAUUACUGCGCCGAACCGGGAGCAAUAGACAACUCGGAUUUUUUGUGCCAACACGGUGCAGUCGACCCCGAACACGACAUCGAUAUCCACAAAAUCGCCAUGGUGGUGCCUUACGACGUUUACCAAUAUUUACACAGUAGAUUCGGCGGAUGUCCUCCCUUUACCGACUUAACAGUAUGUCCCGCCUGUUUGGCGAUGCAAAAUCGACUAUUAUACGAAAUGGAAACGUUUUUACAAGUUAGCCGAGAGGCUCAAGCGUUAACCACCCCUCAAACGCAUUAUAUGUCAACUUCUUGGUACACCCAGUGGCACAAUUUUGUGCAAAAACGAACUCGAGAACCUCCAGGACCGAUCGACAAUUCGAAAAUCGAUCCGGAACAACUGGAUCUCGAAGAAGCUGCGGAAGUACCGGAAAGUUUAUGGAAAUUCUUCCAUAACAUCUAUGGUGGCGGACCUGAAAUUAGAAUAACGCCGACGGAUCUAACUGAAAGUCCUAACUUUCGAACGAAGUAUCCUGAAAAUGUGGAUAGCGAAGAAAGUAUACCGGAUGUGGUCGAUAAACGAUCGUACGCGGUGAAAGGACGGGAGAAUUGGAUAAAGGAAGAUAAAAGCGUUUACGGACAAGGCGAACCGAUAGAAAUCAGAGAUGAUGCCAAACACGAAGACAGUAUAAAUGAAGAUGCAAAAGAAUUGGGUAAUAAUGUAGAAAAUAACGUUGAAAUGAGUGUAGAAGAUGACGGAGUAGUCAGCAGCGAUUCUGUUAAAAUGCCAAAUAAUUAUGUAGAUAACCUUUCGGAGGAUACGGAAAAAGAAGAGAAAGAAAAAGCGGAAGUCAGACCUCACAAGCGGCAUAGGAGAAGAAGAAAAAAUUGAUGUACAAUAAUUAAUGAUAAAUAUGCGAUGAAUUAAAAAUUUUUCGACAACGUUUAACAAAAA